UGUUUGAUUGUCAUCUUUUCAACUUGCAAGCUACCUUUCGACAAUGUAUUCUCAUUCCACCUCGUCUCGUCAGUAUGUGAUUCUACUACUAGUAAAAACCAAAUGUUCGAUUUAAACCACAAAAUGACUUCAGAUAAGACUCCCGACUACAACUCUGUUUUGCACGUUUCAUUCCCAGUUAGUCAUUUUUAUCAAUCAGCAUAUUGUUAAUAGUUAAAUAUAAAAGAUAGUUUUGUACUGUUCCAGUUCAUUUUCAAAAAUCCAUGUUAGUCGAAAUGCAGUGCUAUGCAGUGCGUUUAUUUCUCAGUUUCACUGUUCAUGUAUUAUGUCUGCCCAGUGACGGGGUAAACAGUCAGUGCCGUAGUGUAUAUGGUAAAGGGGUAUCGAUUGCAGAUAUCUUAAUAAUUCUCAAUGGCCACAAUAAUUUCAGGAAUGAUAUAGCACAAGGAAAAUAUGUUACUAAAGGCUUACCUGAAGGAAAGGAUUUCAAAGAAAUGGUAUGGGACACUGGCUUAGCGCAGGCAGCCCAACGUGUUGCUGACAGCUGCUUGUUUCAACAUCAACAGAUAAAAGAUGAUAGGUGGAAAAGUGUGGGCCAGAAUUUACACAUUUACAUGAGCACUGCAAAUACUCAAGGAGCAGACUGGAAAGGAGUAUUGAAUGCCUGGAUAGGUGAAUACAAGGCGUACCGAUUUGGACAGAAAAUCACCAAGCAAAAUGGACAUCUCACACAGAUGAUGUGGUCAGACACCAAAUUCGUAGGUUGUGGAUUUACCAGUUUCCUGUCCAACGAUCCGAAAUUCAAAUACAAGAAGUUAUAUGUUUGCAAUUACGGACCUGGAGGGAACAUUGUUAAUCGGCUGCCAUACCGUACUUGAAGAUGAGAAUGAUGAAACAAUAGAGAUUCGCAUUAUCUUUAAUUAUUAUUGUAGUGGCGCUUAAAUAAUAAUAUUGUGUAUGGUAAUGAUAUCCAUCUGGAAGAAAAAAGUCAUAUUUACAUGUAAAAUAUAAUUAUUUUUGUCAUUCAUUUGAUCACGUUCUUGAGAGUUCAAGGCUCAUACAGGUAUGGUUGUAUCCAGUGCAGUAGUGGGUCUUGUUUAUACUGAAAUAACUGCAAAGGCAGACUUAGAUGCAGAGUACUGCUACCUCUCCAAAGAAGUUGUUGUAUAGGUACCUUGAUAUGAGCGGAAUGAUUAAGAACAGUGUACAAGUUCGGAUUAGGUAGAACCAAGCAUGCGACGAUGUCCUAGUAAGCAGUUAGGAUGUAAGUGCAUACUAAUGGGCGAUUCAAAUCCAGUUUCCAUAUUACAAAUUAAUGUUUUUAUGAAAUGCCACUGAAUUUGACAACCACAACGUGACAUUUCUAACGUCAAAAUAUAAACAAAACAGUCAUGAAGCAGCAUACGACCGAACAAGGUGUUAAAAUUAUCCAAGACUAUUAUGAAAACGACCGAUCAAGAAAAAAUACAUUUAGUGCUUUACGUGAAUUUUUGGCGCACAAAAUCGGCCUUGUAAAAGGACAAUUGGGUAUUUGGUGCAAAAAUUCGAUCGAUCCGCUAACAUCAAAAGAGGUAGGCAUGCUCGUAGAGGUCGGUCCGAAAACAAUAUUGCUAUUCUUGCCGAAAGUGUGACCGAAAAUUCAAAAACAUCGAUUCGUCAUCGAUCGCAGCAACUGGACCUUACCUAUUCCACUACACAGCGGAUUUUAACAAAUGAUUUGCAGUUUCACCCAUACAGAGUCCAAAUAACGCAGGAAUUGAAGCCUAGGGACCAUCAACAGCGCCGUGUUUUUGCCGAAUGGAUAAGAGAACAAGAGGUAAAUUUUCCAAUGAAAAUAAUCUUUAGCGAUGAGGCAUAUUUCCACACUGGGGGCUUCGUAAACACUCACAAAAGCCGUAUUUGGGGAUUGGAAAAUCCAAGGCAGAUUGUUGAAGUGAAAAUGCAUCCUCAAAAGGUGACUGUUUGGUGUGUCUUUUGGUCCGGAGGCAUAGGCGGAACAUGCUACCAGAGUUUUUCUGGGAACAGUUGGCACAUAUGGACACCGCAGGUCUCUGGUUUCAACACGACGGUGCCGCCAGGUCGCGUUAUUUCACGUAACGGCGAUAUCAAUUGACCGCCGCGAUCCUGUGAUUUAACUCCCUUAAGGCCGAUUUCACCAACAUUAAUAUUAUGGACCAAUGGAAAAAUACCUUAUCGAAAUGCAAUUUGACAGAAGCUGUCAAAGGUCUCAGAAUAUCAGUGAUUUCUAUUAAAAUAUUGAAUAAAAUCGUGAAAAUUCGACUGUAUUAUAAACAGGACCACUUCUUGAUUCCAACAUGAUGCUUUUGUACAGAGAAAACAGGUCAACUUUCAUGUAUUUUGAUUUGUGUUAUAAAUUUACAUUUAACAAUCAGUAAAAGCCAAUGGGAAUGCGGCAAAUAAUAGGUCGAUUUUCAAGUUGUUAAAUUUGGCAGCAGAUGUUCAAUAUACUGUUAUCAUUACAUAACUGUUGAAUAGUGUGG